AUUGAUCCAGUAAUGGAAGAGAAGCUGGAUGGUAUGUUCAAAGGGGUUGUUGCAACGAGAGCACAUGCUUUUACCCCAUCUGAACAUGAGUUUAUUGGCACAACUAAUGUUCUUGGAACUUAUAAUAUAAGUGGCUCAGGAGAAGUACCUUAUCAAAUCCAUAGGUCAGUUGAUGAAAGCCUUGUUGAAUCCUCAUCCAUUACAAAACGGCGUAAGGUUGAGAAAAAGAAGAAAGGAGCGGCAUUCGUCAGAAGCACAAUCGAAAAGCUUGUUGAAUCCUGCUCUGUUAAGCUUUAUGCAUCAUAGGAUGUAUCCGUUGAGGGAUGUCUUCGAAUCCUAAAUACACAUGCUGAGGUGAAGGAAGAUAGAAAAUUUUAUCUCAACUGUGUUAAGUUACUAUAAGAUCCAGUCCGUAGAGAAUUUUUUGUGAAGUUGGAGGCAUAAUAUCAAGUUGAUUUCUUACUUUCCUUCAUUGAGAACUGAAUGUUUAGA